AUGGCUGAAGAACAUCAAGAGGGUGUUCCUGGGGAGGAGGGGCCGGUCCCGGUUCUCCGAUGGGACUUGGGUCUAUUUGAGCAGAUCGUUAGAAGUUUCCGGUUUCCACCGGAGUGGGAUGCACGAUAUCCGGCCCAGAAUCAGACGGCCGCCGACGCACCGCCGGGUUACAUCACGUUAUUUGAAGAUUUCUUUCUUCAAGGCAACUUCCGGUUGCCGGCGACGAACUUCAUGGGGAACAUCUUGCACUUCUACAACUUCCAUAUUUCCCAGAUGAACCCUCCUGGGAUGGUUAGGGUUCGUCAUUUCGAGUUCUUAUGCCGAGCCCAUGGCAUUGAGCCGUCUGUUGAGAAGUUCCGGGCCUUUUAUCAGCUUCAACGGACGAUGGGCUUCUUCUCGUUUGCCAGCCGUGGUGCUGCAAGGAAGAUCUUAUUAAACCCACCGAAGAGUUUCCAUGAUUGGAAACCUAAAUUUUUCUUUAUUCGAGAGGAGGUGCUUCCGAUUGCCAUGCCCUUCCGAGAUUGGAGCGAGCUGGGGCUGAAAGAGGAUCUUCCGAUCCUAAAACACGAACGGUGGUAUCAGCAACUAACUCCUACCCCUAAUCGGGUAUUUGGGGAGAAUGUAUUGGUUGCGGCGCGCAUGAGUGACCAGUGGUCACCUGACAGCAAGGAAGUGCCAGUCUUAAAGAUUGGUGAUCAAGAAGCGCAUAUGUACCAAGCUGCUUUUGCUACUUUUGGAGGAUCUAUGGGCGUGCGCCCACUUCGCGAUGAUGAGGAAUGCUGGUAUGAGCAGAUCAGGGGCAAUUUCAUGUACCCGGUUGCUGAUGCAUUUGCCUCGCCGCCUACUGCAACCGAAGGUGUGUUGCGCGACCUAGGGAUUGACCCUGAAGAUAAGAAGAAAAAACCUUUGAAGAAGAAGAACUUGAAUCCCGAGGUGACCAGUAAAGGGGCUGGGAGUAGUCGCGCAACCGCUGGUGCUGCUGUUAAAGGUACUCUUCGCCUUCGAAAGAGUGACUUAAAAGAUUAUGUGAUAAUUAGUGAUUCACUUGAAGGCUUGUCGCGCGCAGCUGAGAAGAAGGCUGGAGCGGGUGGUUCGAAGAGCUCUGGAAGCGCGGGUUCUCGUAACCCUGAUGCUGGUGCUACUCCUUCUACUGCUGCGCAUGAGGAGGAGGAAGAAGAAGAAGAAGAGGAGGUAACUGAAAAGCUGAUCAGCAGAAAGAGAGUCAGAAGCGAGACCACAACUGGUGUGGCUUCUGCGGCGGCAGCUGGUGCGAUUCCCUUGAUUGGGAAAACGAGCAUUCUGCGCUCUCUUUAUAAAUUCUCUCCUGAGACCAAGAAGCCCACCCCUGAGAAGGGUGUUAAGUUUACCGAGCCAGAGCCGAAGAGGCCAAAGAUUACCAUUAAGUCUUCUAAGAUUGUUGGGGCUGAGUCUGCCAAGGAGAAAAAUGUUGCUGAGGGGGAUAAAGCGAAGGCUGCUGAGGAGAAGAGAAGGGUUGAGGAGCGUCACAAGAAGGUUGAGGAAGAGAAGAAGAGGAAAGCUGGGGAAGAUAAGAAGGCUGAGGAGGCGAAGAAGAAAACCGCAGAUAUGGAGAAGGAGAAGGAGAGGGAGAGGAAGAAAGCUGUGGAAAAGGGCAGCGAUGAUCAGAAGAUUGUGAUCACCACGGGGCCUGUGAAGCCUCAUCAAGAAAGCAGGAAAGAGCCUGAGGUUGAGAAACCUGUCCACCCCACGCAUACUGAGGUCCCUGAUCGCACCUAG